GUUUCCCAGCUUCAGCAUCUUGAUCCUCGAUCCUCGACCUUGAAUUGUCUCCAACACGAGUUCUCUUUCAACGUCCGUUCACAUACUAUUUCUCAGCUUUCACUUGCAGGAAGCCUCGGUUAUCCUGUCGUUUUGCAAGCACGAUCCUCGACCAGCCGAUUAUCCUUCGAGAACGCAAACAAUCCUUGCCCAACCCUGGCAACCUGCUUUGGCCUCUACUUCGACCUUUCCCCUUUCUUAUCGCACAUUUCAUUCAACGCGUGCGCGCCUUCUCAUUCCUUUUACUGCUCUUCUUCAAGCCUUUUUGCCCUUGUCACACGGUUGAGUUGUCAUAGCACAAUGUCGACCUACAACUACGGCCCACCGCCUCCUCCACCACCCCAGGCUUCGCCAGCCGGCCAUGCUUCCUAUACCCAUCCCACCGGCCAUUACCAACGCCAUGGCUCAUCUCGCGGUGGUGGGACAUCUGCAUCGCGAGGUGGUCGUGGAGGGUAUCAAGGCCCCCCUCGACCCGAGUAUCAACCUCCUCAUUCCCAGUACGACUAUGGUGCGCAUGCCCAACAGCCCUACGCUAAUACCAGCUACUCAACUUCGCCGCCAACCACUGGCGGAUAUCCUACGCCGCAUCAUCAAUGGCCUCAGGACCAUGGGCAUCCUUCUGCCCAGCAACCACAGCCACAUACACCGGCGCCCCUUUCCACUGCCAACUACCACCCUAAUUAUGCCCCCCAGGCCUAUGCGCAAUCCCAAGUUCCUGUUCACCAGCCAGCAUACGUUCCGCCCCCUCCUCCCCAGCCGCAGCAGCAUCAUUAUCCCUACCACGCCCCUGCCCCGUACAACGGUCAGCAGCAGUGGGGGGGUCAUGACCGCCAGCAGCAACAGCCCCAGCCCCAGCCCCAGCCCCAGCCGCAGUAUGGCACUGGCCAGCACCAGCACCAGCACCAGCACCAGCACCAACACCGGGGUGGUUAUGGCGCGGAUAGGAGAGGGGGCGCCAGGGCUCUAAGUAUGGGAGCGCCUGCCCGAACCGACUAUGUGGUUCAGAACGUGCAGCCUCAAGUGAACGGCGGCUAUGCCCAACACUAUCCUGAUGCCCGUGCCGCAUCAUACCCCCCACAGCCGACGCAGUACCCCCCAUAUCCCCCUCCACCUCCACCCCCGUCCCAUACACCUGCCCCUGAGCCGUACCACAACAAGCAGGACGGUCAUUAUGCCGGUCGCAGCCGUGGCGGGUUCCGUGGGGGGGGUAACAUGAGGGGUAGGAACCCUCAUCACAGUGGCGAUAAGGCGAGACCGCGCCACCACCAAGGCCCACGCCCUGAUGCGAACCCUGUGCCUCAUGUGCCUCAGAAGCAUGAUUCCAACUCGUCCGGGAAAAAGAAGAAACGGAAGACGAACACUCUUGGGUUGACGCCCGGUCAAGGUUCUGAUUCGGAGGAGGACGACGAGAAAGAAGAGGAGACUCUAUGCAAAGUCAUUGGAGACGAUGCCCUUCAGAUCACGGAUAUUGCCGCAUAUAUUGCCGAGCGAAAGAAACACUAUCCCACGGCGGCUCGCGUCAAGGCCAAGCAGUCUGCCGAGCUGGCAAGUGGAGACAAGCGUGCCGCGGCUCUUGAGAAGGAGGAGAAAAUAGCCAUGGAGCUUCGGAAGCAGCUUGAAAAGGUCGAGUCGUCCAUCAAGCGCAAACGAGAGCAACAGGAUGAGGGCGAUGAGAUGAGAGAUACCUCGCCCCCUUCCGUGACAAAGUCUCAGGGCGACGACGACGAUGCGCCGGAAGUCCUGUCCACGCGUUCCCAGCCACAACUUCCACCACCCCCGCCCGCGAAAAAGGCCGAUGUCACGAAGCACUGCAAGUACUACUCUACUGGAGGAACUUGCGGCAAGAAGGGCAAGUGCCGCUUUGUUCAUGAUCCUCAAGUCCGCGAGGCAGCCAUUAGGGAGCGGGAUGCCAAUAACGGGCAACUGACAAUCCAGCAACGUCUCAUCUUGAACGACAAGGACCAGGAGGAUCUCACCGUGCUGCAAUCGAUUCAGUACCUGCGUGAAAAGGGUGUUGUCAAACCGCUCGAUGCUGCCACCGCCAACGGACAGUCUACCGUUGUUGUCGGCCAGUCUCGCGCGCAGCAGCAGAAGGAGCAGAGACGACAGGCACGGCAACAGCAGACAAGCACUCUCCCCGCUGCGCCCUCGUCACUUCCGAAGCCUCCCGUCAGGCAGGACCAUGGUCUUCCACCUCACAAACCUCCCCCAUCUGCUCUUCAGACGGCUCAGACUGGUGCCUCUGUGCAAUAUAAGGGCUGGAAUCUCAGUGGAUACGGCAAUGCCGGUCUGAAGUCGGAGGACCUUCCCUGAAUCCCCUGCUAGGCACCGUCUAGUCAGUUCCGAUAUUUCGAUACCCAAGACCACUUACUCUUUUUCUUUCCUUUCCUUUCCUUUUAUUUUUGGCUUCGUGGCCUGAGUUUGGGAAUAUACAUCUUGGGUUUGCUAUUUUGAUUUGGGUUUUCCAAAAUCAUACCCUAAAGCCUCAAGCCUGCUGCAUUGAAGUCAGCCUCAGCAGAGCCACCUGGAGCAUUUCUUGCGCUGUCAUACCAAGCCAGUGUUCCCUACGAUAUUCUGGAUUAGAAGCCGCACUACCUUCUGCCGCUACGCCGUCCGCCAUUUUUUUUUUUUUUUUUUU